AAUAAUUUCUAGUAAGUUCUAAAAUUCUCCUGAGUAACAUAUUACCGGCUGACUGUAUCAAUAUUCCAACAGUGACUAAAUUUUUGAUCCGCUCCAAUAUUCUGAUGUCGCUAAUAGCGGAUCAAAGAUCUGGUUUUAUUCAGAUUGGUCCUAACUUGUGAAUAAAAUAAAAUGAUCAAUACGUGCAUGCAUUAAAACUCUUUAUUUCAGAUAUCCAUGCAUGUAUUAUACAAAGACUCGGGUUUUGAUGUCAUAAAUUGAAGGACCAGUGAUUUUUUCAGAUGUUUUGUCGGUGAUCAUAGAUACAUUUUCAUCAUGACCGCCAUAACUGAAAGGAAGAAACCAUUCUCUGAAAAAGCUUUCCGUCAUAGAAAAUAUCCUGUACUUUGAAAAGCAUUUGUACACGUCUAUCUAGGAGUCUAAAAGUCAAGUAUCUUCUAAAUGACAAAGGAACACAAAGAACUUUUUUCUAAAGUAGGACAAAUGUCAUGUACAUGCAUAAAGAUGGAGCUUUAAGAACAAUUGACAUAUCUAAGUAAUUUCACUUCAAAAUGACCUGUGUAAGGUAAAGCAAGUAAUUUAAUAUCAAACAGUCGGCAACAAUAUCGUCAGUGUACUUUUUUAAUUGGUGUGUCCUUGUUAAUAAGAGGACGAUAAAAGAGAAUACUCAGAAAUUCGAAGUUUCAUUGAAAUUCGACUCUGUGCGUCAUACGUGUCUAUUUAAGUCUGGUCCUAAAUCAAUGCGAUCAGUCAGUUUUCAGGUACUGUUCAAAUUGUCCUUUUGGUGUUUGGCUGUUGUACCAUAUCCAUCCAAGAUGUUAAAGAGUCUAACGUUGCUGUGCCUGCUCUCAUCAACUCAAGGUUGGUGGUUUUUCUCUAGUAGUACUCAGAGUGUUUGUUACAAAAACGUCGGCUGUUUCAGCAAUCAAGCACCAUUUGAUAAUGCCAAUGGAUACCUACCCCAAUCUCCGGAUAAGAUUCAGAUAACCUUUAUGUUGUACACUAGACAAAACAAUGAAACUGCCCAGAACCUGAAACCCUACAACUCCAGUACCAUCACCAAUUCUAAUUUUGCGGCUAAUCGUCCCACCAUUUUCAUUACCCACGGAUUCACAGACACAACCAAAUCUGGAUGGGCACAAGAAAUGAAAGACGCCUUUCUCCAAAAGGGUGACAUGAAUGUGAUAACUGUUGACUGGUCCAAUGGCGCCGAUUUCUUCAACUACGACACGCCCACCGCCAACACCCGUGUGGUGGGAGCCACGGUUGGGAACAUGGUGAAGGCUUUGAAGGACACUGUAAAUUUACCCCUCAGUCAGGUUCACCUAAUCGGUCACAGUCUUGGAGCCCAGGUCAUGGGAUACGCCGGGGAUUGGAAUCGUGGAGACAUUGGCAGGAUCACUGGUCUAGACCCAGCAGGCGUACAUUUUGAAACUUACGACACUAAAGUGAAACUAGAUCCUUUCGAUGCUAACUUUGUUGACGUCAUUCACACAAACGCAGCCUCUCUUUGGGAAAUGGCUGCUGGAAUUAAGACACCCAAUGGACAUACCGACUUUUAUCCUAACGGUGGCAAACAACAGCCCGGAUGUAGCGGCUACUUCUGGACUAAUUUGAAGCAUCUUCUUUUUGGGGAAAUAGAACCGAUUACAGACAACUUGUCGUGCAGUCACAUUAGGGCGAUUGACUUCUUUAUAGAGUCUAUUAACUCCCAGUGCGAAUUCCUGGCGUUCCCAUGCAAAACGUAUUUGGAUUUCGUUCGUGGAAAGUGUACGUCCUGUGAGAAAGGCUGCAAUAAAAUGGGCUACCAUGCGAACAAUAAAUCCACCGGCAAAUUUUAUCUGAAUACAGGUGCUGACCGUCCCUUCUGCAGACGGGAUAUGGAUUAAAAUUGAAGCAAGGAGGAGGGGGGGGGGGGGGGGGGGCAACAAAAAUAAAAAAUCAGUGCUGUCAAAUAUUAUCAUACCUCAGGAAUUGUUGUAUCAGAAGAUAAGGUGACAUUAAUUUAUUGUUUAUACGUUGAUAUAUACAUUUACUUUUUAACCCUUUAAUAAAAUGCAUGAGAGAGUUUUAA